AAAUUCGGAAACGUCAAAAAGGAAAAUUACGCUUUUUCAGCCAAGCAUUUUUAUUUUACUUGUGUUUUGUUUGCUGAACGUUCGAGUUUAGUUUUCUAACUUAAAAAUAGUUUGUAAAAACGUAGUGAAGAAAGAUCCUGGAUAUAAGGCAAUCACAUGAAAGCGAAGGAAGACUAAAAGGAAUAGAAUCGGCGCGCUCGCCGCCAUACUAAGUUUUCCAGUUAAUAGGAUAACUUCAUUUUUAAGUUUCAUUUAUGCAGAUUGCAGUGCAUAUCUAGCUGAGACUUGUUUUUAUUUAUUUUAACAUUUGAUUCAGUGAGCGAUCGCAAUGCUUGUGGAGCAGGAGGGGGAGAUCCUGUCGCACGUGGCGAAAGUGGUAAGGGCCCUGAUCACGUCCGCCAAGCCGCCGAUCGAAUUGCGGUCCAUUCUCAGGGAUUACGUGGCCAUCGAGGGGGAGCAGUUGCCCUUCCGCCAACUGGGUUACUCGACCGCCCAAGAACUGCUGCAGGACACAGAAGAGUUCAACUUUAAUGGUCACGGCAACCAGAUCUUUAUCACCGCGAAAUAUAGCGCCAAAACUGAUCACAUUGCGCGUAUGGUACGCCAGCAGAAGAACAGCAAAUCCUCUUUAAUCUCGAAACCACCGCCAGCUGCCCAGAAAGCAAUCAGUCAGAAAUCCAACUACGGCCAUAACUAUCAUAACAACUAUAACCACUACCAAAACCAACAGCAGAAUUAUCACGCUCAGCAGCAGCGUUACUACCAACAACAGCAGCAACAGCAGCAGCAGCAUUGUUACCGGCCGCCUCAGUACCACCAACAGUACCAACAGCCCUAUCAACAGCAGGGGCAUUGGGAUAACGACCAGUACUGGCGGCACCAACGCCAGCUGGAGGCAGAGGCGCAGGCAAAGGCGCAGCGAGAUAGAGAAGCCAAGCAAAACGCUGAACGUGUGAGGCUGGCAAAGGCCAAGCGCGAAAAAGAACUAAAGGACUCUGCUGAACGCGAAAGGCAGGCGAAGGCCAAGCGCGAAAAAGAACUAAAGGAGUCCGCUGAACGCGAAAAACAGGCGAAAGCCAAGAGAGACCAGGAACUAAAGGAGUCCGCUGAACGCGAAAGGCAGGCGAAGGCCAAGCGAGACCAGGAACUAAAGGAGUCCGCUGAACGCGAGAGGCAGGCGAAGGCCAAGCGAGUCCAGGAACUAAAGGAGUCUGCUGAACGCGAGAAGCAGGCGAAGGCCAAACGAGAUCAGGAGCUCAAGGACUCCAUUGAAAAAGAACUGAGGGCCAAGAUCAAUAAGGAAUUGGAGAGCCAGCUUAAAAAGGAGCACGAUAGGUUCGAAGAAGAGCUUAAGGAGCGGCUUGAGGAGUUCAAGAAGCAGCAAGAGGAGGAACUCAAAAAGCGCGAGGAAGAUUUGGAAAACCUAAAGAAGGAGCUCCAGAGACAAGAGCAGAAGGAGAUUGCUAGGGAAGCCGAACGCCAGGAACAGGACCGCGUGGAGAAGGAAAAAAGGGAGAGGCUUGAGCAGGAGAAAUUGCAGGAUCCGGUCCAGCCUGUGACCAUGCGAGCAGCGAAAGUGGAUCAGGAGAAAAUCUUUGUGACGAUUGCCAACGACAAGGCACCCGCCAUGAAUGGUCACGGUCAAAACCAUGUCAGGAGCAACGGACAUGGUAACUACAAUGACGGCAAGCCGCCGCUGCGAGCGAUCCUGGGAAACAGUGCACCGCAGCGCAACCAAGAAGCAAGCAGCAUAUUUAAUACCCCCGAAUCUAGCUACAAGCGGCCACUUCAUCCACGAGUACUGCACCCUGGACAGGUUCGCUCCACCGGCAGCUCUGUGAAUCAUAGACUGAAAGUUACACCCCAAUCGGAUGCUCCAACGCCAGCGGAAGCGCCUAUUACUCCACCUGCUUCACCGGAGAAUGCUCAAACAAAAUCCGCUGCCAAAGCCUCGCCCAAGGAUGAUGUGCUUAGAGUGCACGGAGGUCAGGUCCAGGCAGGCAAAGCCAGCUCCACGCCGAAGGCUAAGGUGUCGCUCAAACUAGAUUCUUCCUUCGAUGCCGUUUCCUCGCUGAACCUUUAUUGCGAGGAAAACGACUUCGAAAAACCCACAUUUAACAUAUUUAACAAGCCCCCACACCUGCACUGUUCAGUGCGAAUCGCUGGCGAUGUGUACAGCAGCUAUCCGCAGGAGUUCUCCGAUGCGGAGACUGCCUACCAGCGCACAGCCCAGAUCGCCAUCCAGCGUAUCCAGCACGCCGAGUCGCACCAAAAGCUUACGGUUUGCACACUUAGCGACGAGGAGUUCAUCGACGGAUUGUACAAAGAGCUGCUGAACUACCCACAUGGCAUAUUGGGUCACAAGCUAGAGGACUGGUACGGCAGAACCUUCCGGCAACAUCUGCCCAGCCAUUGGUACGAUCUGAUUAUUGAGUCGAACAAAAUUCGCGUUGAGCACGGCAUUGACCCGAGGAUUAUACUGUUUGCCAACGAACCUGGAUCCUCGGAACCAAUUCGUGUCAAUACGACCAGCAUUUUGCCCGAGUUGAUGCUGCCCUGGCAGUUAAACGAGAGUGGUUCGCACGACUGGAACAUGUUCAUCAGUCACUGCGACUCUACCAAGCGGGUAUGGGCUAGAUUGAUCGAUCAGAUAGCCAACUUGGAAGAGCUGACGAAAUACAUGGGCCGACAAAUGGAAGCUCCACUUUUCCGGCAGAAGGUGGCCAAACCCCUCGUUCAGGAAAUCUAUCUGGUGGAGAUUCCCGAUGGCUGGAACCGUGUGCGGGUGAUCUCCGUAAAUGAAGAGGACCGCUCGUGCCGCUGUCACUUUGUGGACUUUGGUGAUGUGGGUCUGUUCGAUUUUGAAGAGCUGUUCCAAUGCCCGCCGCAAUUCAAGGUGCUUCCGGCCCAGGCGGUUUGCCUCAGCAUGUACGCGUUGGACAAGUUCGAGAACCAUCCGCACGCUCAGCAGGUGUUGACAAAGGAGCUGGAUGGGCAGACGGUUGUGGCACAUGUGCUCACCACCGAGAAGCAGUUCCUCGAACUGGGCGGAGUUGCUCAGGGAGUGGUGGAGAACGGUAAGCGUCGGGCUUGCUUGGUGGCCACGCUGUACGACACCUCCACUGCAGAGGACAUUCAUUUGAACGACCUGGUUGCCAGUAGGAUCACUAAGUGUACACCCGCUCCUUCGCUGACUGACGAAAAGAAGAUCGGUAAGACCACGCCAAUCAUUGUGUCUCACAUCAACGAGGAUGGUGAUCUGUUGGUGCUGCUUCGAAACGAUGAUCUUAAGUUCGUGGAGCGAAGUAUUGCACAAACAGUUGCUGAUCUUGGCGAGCAGGAUCGUGUGAGCUACUCCGAUCUGCUCCACGACCGUCAUGUCUUCGUGUGCGACGAGUCGGUCGAAGGCCUAAAGCAGUGGUUCCGCGGGCGUCUUGUAACCAGACCCAAGAACCCGGAGGAGGAGACCUUCGAUGUCUACUACGUGGACGACGGACGGCAGCGCAAGACGCACAUUUCCAAUAUUUACCGCCUGGAAGCCAACAAUAGAGCGCUGGCAACGUUUCCGCCGCAGGCACUGCCUGUUCGCCUGCACGACGUUCCCGAAAUCGCGGGUCAGAUGCUGGGACGCCUUCGCGGUUUGAUGCCUCCGCGCAGCGAGGCUCUGCUCAAGGUUGUGGCCAAGGAUGGGGCAAAGCCCUUGGUCAACGUCUUCAUCCGCGGCCAGGAUCCGGAGUCAAUGUACAUGUGCGUGAAUAUCGGCCUUCGUCUGGAGUUCGAGAUGGCAAGCUCCAUUCAACCGGAGAAGUGCGAUUAUAUGCUCCUGAGUUCCAAUGCCCAGUUGCCCAGACGCGGCAGCUUCAGCUCCGUCGUCUCCAGCCAGAGCAGUGGAAGCGACCUCGUCGCUUUCACUCCGCCGGUGACCCCACAGAAGGCGGCGGGGUCCACAAGAUCAGGCACCACCACUUUCUCGUCGCUCAUGCUCAAGGAUUAUGAGGCCAUUCCAGCAGUGGGCGCCUAUUUCGAGGUGCGCGUUGCCCUCUCCGUCAAUCCCGGUCACUUUGCCGUGCAACCAUAUAAAUGCUACAACCAGCUGCAGACUUUGAUGAAGGAUCUGCAAGAGCAUUGCAAAGGACCUGCUGCCAAGGGAGUCCAGCCCUCGCAACUGGCGAUUGGAGAGGCCUACGCAGCUCCCGACAGCGACGGCGUCUAUCAUCGCGUAAGUAUUCGCAAGAUUUACGAUGAGAUUAUACACGUGCGUUUUGUCGACGUGGGCGACGACGGAGUGGUUGCCUGUGAUCAACUGAAAACCCUGCAGCCGGAUUUAAGAAAGCUGCCCAAGAUGGCGCUGCCAGCUCAAUUAUAUGGCAUUCAACUAGCAGACGUAGUCUGGAGCAAGGAUACCUGCGUCCGAUUCCGGCAGCUGACGCUGGGUCAAAAGUUCAUCGGAAUUGUGCGACGCAUGCACAAACUUAAGGAUGACACGCGGGCACUGGGCCUUGAGCUGGUGGACACCUCCACGCCGAAGGAUAUUAAGCUGCACGAGAUUCUCAUCAAGGAGAAGCACGCACAGCCGGAAACGAAGGAAGCCCAAGUCUGAGUCGGAGGAGACGAAAUCACUUGAAUUUGUUCACGUUUAUGUUUGCUUAAUCAUAGUCUUAGGUUUAGGGACAUGUAACUUAUUACGACGACACAUUCCGCACAGCAGGAAGCGAUAAUAGCCAAUAAACUAUGGUUUUUUUCUAACGAGA